AUGGCGUCGGAUCCACCGAAACCCCCCACCGAUGCGGAGAAGACCCGAGAGAGGUCGGCCUCCUUGGAGUCUGAGACCAAAGUUGAGCAUCAUGACGAUUCUCCACGAACCGCCCCUAGUCUUGACAAGUUCGAUGAGGCCACCAGGCAGCGGCUCGAAGCCUCGCACAAGCUGGCACACCCUCUCGCCGGCAUCAGCCAGGAGCGACUGGGUGUCAUGGGCGAGGAGUAUGCACGAGACUCUGGCAUGACGAGUGACGAGGAUAUUCGCGCUUUCCGCCUGGGUGCCAUGAUCGCCGGCAAUGAGAACAGAUAUGACACUAUCGCCGAGCUCACCGAGCGCGAGCGGGAAGUCCUGGAUCGCGAGGAGACACACAAGUGGUCGAACCCUUCAAUGCUCUACUGGGUCAUCGUCAUCUGUUCGCUCUGCGCUGCCGUCCAGGGUAUGGACGAGACCGUCGUCAACGGCGCACAGUCCUUCUACAAGGUCCAAUUCGGUAUCGGCGAUCCAAACAGCUCCCGAGACUCGUGGCUCCUCGGACUGUGCAACUCGGCCCCGUAUCUCUGCUGUGCCGUCGUCGGGUGUUGGCUCACCGAUCCCAUGAACCGCGCCUUUGGCCGCCGCGGGACCAUCUUCAUCGCUUGCUUGAUCUCGGCCCUGGCAUGUUUCUGGCAGGCGUUCACGAAUACCUGGUACCACAUGUUCAUCGCGCGCUUCUUCCUCGGAUUCGGAAUCGGACCCAAGUCGGCGACGACUCCGAUCUUUGCGGCAGAGUGUGCCCCUCCUAAGCUGCGUGGUGCCUUGGUCAUGCAAUGGCAAAUGUGGACGGCUUUCGGUAUCAUGAUCGGUUACGCUGCCGACCUGGCCUUCUAUUUUGUCCCCGACAGUGGCAUCCAGCUUGGCCUCAACUGGCGCCUGAUGAUGGGCUCUGCCAUGAUCCCUGCCGUCAUUGUGUGCUGCAUGAUCCACAUGUGCCCCGAGUCGCCUCGUUGGUAUCUCUCAAAGAACAAGCCCCAAAAGGCGUUCGACGCUGUCUGCCAGCUCCGCCACGAGAAGGUUCAGGCAGCACGCGACCUGUUCUAUAUGAGCACCCUCCUCAAGGUCGAGCAAGAGGCCAUGUCUAUCGGCAAACAGAGCCGAAUCAAGGAAUUCUUGACCAUCCGACGGAACAGGAAUGCCAUGAUUGCGAGCGAGAUCGUCAUGUUCAUGCAGCAAAUGUGCGGAGUCAAUGUCAUUGCCUACUACUCGUCUGAGAUCUUCCUGGAUGCUGGCUUCUCCCCGGUCAGCGCGCUGGCCGCCUCUCUGGGAUUCGGCGUUGUCAACUGGCUCUUUGCUCUCCCUGCAUUCUACACCAUCGACACCUUCGGGCGGCGAAAUCUCCUGUUGACAACAUUCCCCCUAAUGUCACUGUUCCUCUUCUUCACCGGCUUUAGUUUCUGGAUUCCCCAACAAGCUACGGCGCACAUUGCCUGUAUUGCCCUGGGAAUCUACCUGUUUGGCGUGGUAUACUCUCCCGGCGAAGGCCCCGUACCGUUUACCUACUCGGCGGAGGCAUACCCCCUAUAUAUCCGGCCGAUCGGCAUGUCUCUCGCGACGGCGACGACGUGGUUCUUCAACUUCGUCCUGUCCGUAACCUGGCCAUCGCUCCUGGGGGCGUUCAAGCCACAGGGGGCCUUCGGCUUCUACGCGGCCUGGAACAUCGUCGGCUUCUUCGCCGUGCUGUUCUUCGUGCCCGAGACAAAGGAGAAGACGCUCGAGGAGCUGGACAGCGUCUUCGACGUCUCCAUCAGCAGCCAGAUCAAGUUCGGCGCGGCGCAGUUCGUCUACUUCUUCCGCCGAUACAUCUUCCGGCAGGACGUCGCGAAGCCCCCCGUCCCCCACUCCGAGGCGAUCGCGUAUCACGAGAAGACUUUUGCGCAGGAGCAGCAGAGGGACGCCACGGCGAGGGUCUAA